UCCGGUUCUGUGUCUGUCUGUGUCUGUGUCUGCGGGUCGACGGUUGGCGGUUGGCGGUGGGCGGUUGGCGAUUGGCGGUUGGUGGUUGGCGGUCUGUUCAGUGUUCGCGCUCGUCCAAGCGAUGUUUUGUGUUUGUUUACGUGAAGGUCGCUAACGAUAAGUGAAAACAGCCUUUUGUCGGAUUAUUUGAAACGUUUCGAUGUUCGGACUGAGUUUUCGACGGUUGAUGGACGGAUGGAUUUAGAAUCGGCGUUUUUGGCACUCGAUACUUGAUUGAUCCUCUCGACCUUUUAAAUUUAAAUGUUUCAAAACUGUGUGAUUGAAUCAGUGUUGUUAUUGUUGUUGUUGUGAUGAUGGCUUUGAGUGAUAUGAAUGUUGAAAACAAUAAUAAUUGUGAUAACUGUGAUAAAGAUGAAACGAAGAAGCAGAUGCAAAACGGACAGAUCGAUGAUGAAAAUCGGAUACAGGAAACCACCUUAGAUGGGGAAAUGGUAUUAGAGCCAAAGUUCGUUGACUAUGGAAGCAUCCAUCCGAAAGCAGACGCGCCCCAGCUUCAGCAGCAUGCGUUGUUAAGUCCGCGUUGCGUUUCGAUACCUCCAUUGGACGACGAGGAACCGCCGAACACCUCCACCAGGACCAAAAUGACACAGGGCGACCUGUACCAGCGGCAGCCGCUGCUCUCGGGCUCGGGCAAGGGCGACAAAUGGGGCCACUCGGGCCUCAACUCGACCGAGGCGGAGUACUAUGAGGACGACGCGGACGAGCGCCGACCGGAAUCCGGGGUGAUCAAGAUCGAAAUGCCGGCACCCAUCAGGGAAGAACCCAAAUUUCCGCAGGAGCGGUGGAAAACGGCAUUGGCCGCACUGAUCAUGUUCUUCAGCUUUGUCCUGACGUUGAUCUCUCUCAGUCUUGUCCACGAACGCGUCCCGGAUCGCGAGAAGGGCAGGUUGCGCGACGUGUUCUUGGAUAACGUGCCCGCCUUCGAUUGGGCUCUCAGCGUCUCCGAAUAUAUCAUCAUUGUGUGCGUCCAAACCUCAAUGAUAUCUAUGAUAUUCCACAAGCACAGGUUCAUAGUGUUCCGCAGGAUAUUCCUGAUAAUGUCGCUGCUUUACAUGUACAGGGCAGUGACUAUGUACGUGACGGUAUUGCCCAUCGCGAGCCAAACGUACAACUGCUCGCCAAAAGAGAACGUUACGACAUUGAUCAUCGCCAAGAGGGUGGUGAAACUGAUGUCGGGCUUUGGCCUGUCGGUCAACGGCAAGCACACCUACUGCGGUGACUUCAUUUACAGCGGUCAUACCGUCAUACUCGUCUUCAGCAGUCUCAUCAUUGCUGAAUACACUCCUAAAAAAUUGUACCUUAUCCACUGGUUGUAUUGGAUUCUGGGGGUGAUUGGCGUGGUGAUGUUAGAACUGUCGCACGGACAUUACAGUGUAGACGUGAUUAUCGCCUAUUAUAUCACGACCAGGAUCUUCUGGACUUACCACACUUUAGCCAAUAACGUUAGCCUUAAGCAACACUCACCGAACAACCACAUAGGACGCGAGUGGUGGUUCAGUAUAUUCCUGUACUUUGAAAAGAACGUGGGCGGCCCGGUGCCGCGACAGUUCGACUGGCCGUUGCCGUGGCCUCGCCGCUUCCACUCGAAGAGUCGGGCCAGUUAGUGCAGUGCGAACUAUUACAAAUUUUAAUAUAUGUGAUAUGAAAAUGAGAAAUGAUGUGUAGCGCCUUAUCUGACUAAAUCUUGCUCUUAUUGAAAAAUCGCGCGUCUUUCAUAUACUACCAAAAUUUCGAAACUGUUCUUUGUUCUUGAUGUAAUCUUUUUUCCUUUCCUGGCUGAAAAUGUUUAUUUUGGUACUAUAUUUAAGACAAUAUAUUUAUGUAAAUAUAUAUACAAACUGAAAAAAUGUUAUUUGUGGAACAGAAAAUUCUGUAAGUUUCCCUCUAUAUUACGUUUUUUAUAUGGAUAUUUUAUUACUGUUAGAUGAAAGCAUAAGACUAUUCUCAGAAUAUUAUUAAAACACAGAUCUGAUACGUUUAAGGAUCGUUUAUUUAUUAUUGUUUUAACUCUUAUCAAAAUUGUGCCAAUCUCGUCGACACAAAAGAAUAACCAACUUUUUUUUAACAAUACCAAAUCCCUCUAUGAAAAAUUUCAAUUUAUUUUCAAUUAACACAAUUUUGUAUUUUUAUAUGUAUUUUAGUUGAUUAAUCGUAAAUUUUCAGAUAGCAAAACAAAAGUUCACUUACACAAGCACAAUUUAAUCAUUCUCAAAUGUUAUUUCUCAUCUACUUAAAACUGUUUAUUGUAUAAUAUUUUGAUGGGCAAUCAAAAAGGUUAUAUUAUAAAUUUCGGAACUGCCGUAACAGUGCAAACAUGUAACCUGUGAUUUGGUAAACAUUAAAUCAGAUUAUUAACAAUUGUGCAUGUUUUACUAGAGAUGUUUUUCCUUCCUAUUAAACUUUUGUUUUGAUGCUAAAUUCUUGAUAUGAUAAAACCAAAUGUUUAUAAUCCAGUUAUUUCAUUUGUAUUGUCCCCUCGAUUUAAUGCAUAUUAAAAAAAGGAAUUGCAGUUCAUUUGUGAUAGAAGUUUUUUAACUUCAUUCGUAAGGAUUAUUGAUGAAAAGCAUCUAAGCUUGUUUAGUGUGUGAAUGUAUUUAUUGUCAGAUUUAUCACAUCUUGCCUACAAUUUUUGUGUAAUGAUAUUUGCAUUAAGUGGUUUUUAUAGUAAUUUAUUGUAUAAAAAACAAUGUUUAAUUCAUAUUUUCAAUGAUUUAUGAAAAGUUCUAAAAACUGUUGAUUGUCACAGAUAUUUACCAAUGUUGUUUUCAUAUACAUUGUUAAUAAAGAGAUAUUUUGCAUA